UUUCUUUGUUUGCGGGAGGAACAUGGCGGAUCGCCUAACGCAGUUGCAGGACGCCGUGAACUCGCUUGCGGAUCAGUUUUGUAAUGCCAUUGGAGUGUUGCAGCAGUGUGGUCCUCCUGCCUCUUUUAGUAAUAUUCAGACAGCCAUUAACAAAGAUCAGCCAGCUAAUCCUACAGAAGAAUAUGCCCAGCUUUUUGCAGCGUUGAUUGCACGAACAGCAAAAGACAUUGAUGUUUUGAUAGAUUCCUUACCCAGUGAAGAAUCUACAGCUGCUUUACAGGCUGCAAGCUUGUAUAAGCUGGAAGAAGAAAAUCACGAAGCUGCUACGUGUCUGGAGGAUGUUGUUUAUCGAGGGGACAUGCUUCUGGAAAAGAUACAGAGCGCACUUGCUGAUAUUGCACAGUCCCAGCUGAAGACAAGAAGUGGCACCCAUAGCCAGUCUCUUCCAGACUCAUAGCACAGUGUAUCUAUACCGUGCGUGUGGCUGAGAAAAGAACUGUUUCAAUGCCAUUGAGAAUGCUGCAUCAGAUUUAGAUGGAAGCCUUACCAACAGUUACAGAAACGUUAAGCACUAUGACACGUUAUCUUCUUAGCUAUUUUAAAUAGUCUUCUGUUUUCACUCUUAAUAAUAAGCUUGUAAAAUCGUGAUUGAACCAGCUUUAAACUGUCAUUAUGCCAUUUUUUUAAAUUGUUAUCUGGGUUAAAUUAUUGAGGCAGAUAUUGCAUUAAUGGUCAUAAUAUAAUUAAACAGAUGUACUAUAAAAUUC